UACAGCUUUACAUCUUAAUGAAGUAUUUCCUUAUAUUUGCAAUAUCUUCGUACACUUUGAGAGUCUUGGUGAGCAAAGGACUUUCUUUAUUCACUUGGUAUGAACCAGAGCAGUCUUUGUCGCAGCACAUCGUCAAUAACCUGAUGAAACAAACUUCUUUCUCGUCGUGAUUAGCUUCUCUCCCUGGCCUGUAGGUGGGUGUGUUUAACAAGGAAGGAGUAGGAAAGAGCCUGUCAGUCUGCCUUUACAGCUAAUUAGCUCAGCAUACCGCAAAGAUAAGCAGUCCGGGGAGGUGGACUCUCCGGAGGGUCGUGGAGGUUGAGGCAAUGCCUGAUUGGGAGACGUGGGGAAAUUCCUCAGGAAUCCAGCGCAUCAAUGAGCUGCAGAAAGUUGGUACAGGACUUGCCUGACUCAGGCAUGAGGGCAGCGUGUGGCUGCUUUCUGGAAAAGCAGAGCAGAGAUGGACAGAACCUGGGAGUCUCUGCAACUUGUAAUUGCCCACGUUCUGCCUCAUCGAGACCCUGCCCUGGUAUUUAAAGACUUGAAUGUCGUAGCAAUAUUGCAGGAGUUCUGGGAAAGCAAACAGAAGCAGAAGGCCAUAUUCCCAAGUGAAGGCAUCAUUGUGUAUGAAUCACUGAGCUCCCUGGGCCCACCAUUUGUGAGCUAUGUUACCUUGCCGGGAGGAAGUUGCUUUGGUAACUUUCAGAGCUGCUUAAGCAGAGCAGAAGCAAGGCGAGAUGCUGCAAAAGUGGCUCUCAUCAACUCUCUCUUCAAUGAACUUCCCUGUCGCAGGAUCACAAAGGAAUUCAUCAUAGAAAGUGUUCGGGAGGCUGUUUCAUCAACCAGUGGUAACCUAAAGGAUGCUGAUGACCCCAGUACUAGUAUUGGAGCCUAUCAUUACAUGCUAGAGUCAAACAUUGGAAAGACAAUGCUGGAAUUUCAGGAGCUGAUGAUUGUCUUUCAGCUUCUACACUGGAACGGAAGCCUUAAAGCCCUUCGUGAAACAAAGUGCUCCCGGCAGGAAGUAAUUUCCUACUAUUCCCAGUAUUCCUUAGAUGAAAAGAUGAGAAGUCACAUGGCCCUGGACUGGAUUAUGAAGGAGCAAGAAUCUCCAGGAAUUAUUUCCCAAGAGCUGCAAGUGGCUCUUAGGGAACUGGAGGAAGUCAGGAAAGCCGGGCAAGAACUGAGGUUCUACAAAGAAAAGAAAGAAAUACUGAGCUUAGCACUGAGUCAGAUCUACAGCGAUCAAGUUAUCACUUCUUCAUGGGAUGAUCAAAUGAGCUUGGCCCUACAUGGCUACCAGUAACCUUGAAGAAGGUGUUUGACUUCAAACUGUAACAUAUUUGUCUAGGUUGAAAAUACCCCAUGUGUAAAUUGGUAACAUUCUUUUCCAUGGAUGUUUUAAUUUCUGUAUCUAAAAGCACUGAUGUCUUUUUUGGUUUUCAUUUUUAUUUGGUGGAUAGAAAUAUUCUUCAGGUCACGCUGAAGCUACCACGAAUAUUCGAUGUAGUACUGGUACUAAGAUAUAUGUAAACCUAAAUGGAGACAAACCACAGAAAGGUUUUAUGGUACUCUGGAUUUUGAGUUCUGCAAAAAGGCUCUAUAUUCUCUUUACUGAAGAUGUAAAAUUGUUGUCAGAAACCUACAGACUGUUAGCAAUAAAAGACAAAAAGGGCAGUUUAGGCACUGGUGCCUUUUUACUCUCAGACUCCUUCACAGCAUCUGUGUGUCCUCUUGGCAGUGUUGAAGUUCAUUUAUUCUGUUUAUUCAAGGGUAGCAAGAAUCUUCCAAGCAGAAAAAAAAAAAAAAAGUUGCGCACAACUAUUACUCCGGAUUCAAUGUGCUUCAAAACACUGUUGCAGCCAACAAGAUGUUACAAAGCUGUAAAAACAUAAAGAUAAGCAAAAAUUAGUAGAGUAUGGACAAAAAGUGGUAUGUGAUAAUAGUCUGUCAGUCAGACUUUUUCUUUAUCUGCCUUUUCAAAGAGAUUUGACUUACUUGCACUGCAACAAAUGCCUACUGAGAUUCAAGAUCUUUCCUUUCCCCUUUCUGACUGUGAACAUAAUUCCUCUGCCAGAAGGUGCUGCUCCUGGAGCAAAGUCAGCAGCAUAUGACUGCAUCAGGCAAGGGCUCAUAAUAACCGGCAUGUUAUUUUAGCAGAUGAUGAAGGCAGAAAGGUGCUAAGACACUGGACAACUAAUCUGAGCUAAUUUCUUUCUAAUUCUGCUUCCCAGAAGCUUCUGCCAGAAGAAUGGACACCUGGCAGAGCUGUAAUUUAAAUCAACCCAGUAGUAUCAGAAGUAAUUUGUAGCAUUAUUACAAUCUAUUUUGAAUGUUGUAUAUUGUCACAUAAAAGAGCCAAAUAGUUCAACUGGAAGAGAAACAGGCUGGGAAAAAAACAUUUUUGUCCCUUGUGGAAGUGGGCACACAACUAUGUCACGUCUCAUAUU